AUGGAGUGGGGUUUACGCCUUGCCUUGGUAUUGUUGGCUUCAUUGUGUAUUUUACUCGAUGGAAGCCAUUUUCGUGGUGGUAUCAUUUCAUGGCGUCCGUUAAAUAGUACAGUAACGGGUAAUUAUACAACAAUUCUAAUACAUCAAAGAUAUUUUUGGUGGAGAAAUUUUAGCAGUUUUCCUGUACCUUUAUGCACCGAAGCAAAUGUCAUUGCUGGAACACCUAUUACUGUGUCCGGUGCUAUUUUGAAGUGUAUGAAGAACUGCGCAAGUUCUAACUUUCCUACAGCUGGAAUUCCAGCCAAUAUGAUAACUUCAGAUUGUGAUUCAAACCUGCUCAUUGAGUCAUGGGGUGGUGAACUCUACAGUAAUCUGUCAUUACAUUUGACAACAGACAUUACAAUUGGCUUUAACUCAAGUGCAUGGUUGGGUGCACUUUAUCAUGGUGGUGGUCUUGGUUGGUCGAUUGUCAAUCGACUGAAGCUAACUCCGAGACCUGAUGGUUAUAUCAAUUCCAGUCCUGUUACAACUACAUUACCAUGUAUACUGUAUCAAAGAAAUGUAGCAGUAGUUCAUGUUGUACAGAUGUCAGAUAAUGAUGCUAGUGAUAUAUUGCAAUGCCGUUGGUCCAAUUCGAAUCAAACAUAUAACUACGAUCAAGUUGAUGAAUGUGGCGGUGUCUGUGGUGGAAUGCCCCCUUCAACUGGACUCACCGGAGCCAAUUGUACGUUGACAUUCACUCUACCAAAUGCGAAUAUCUAUUAUGCUGUUGCAUUGCAAAUCGAAGAUUAUUAUGAUACUAGCUCUCCGAGUCCAAUGAGUUCAGUUCCAAUACAAUUCUUAUUCUAUGCAUACAAUCCUGGAGCUGGUGCAUGCACAUAUGUUCCUUCAAUUAUUGGUGUCCGUCCAAAUAGAGCUUGCAUUGGAGUUCCAGUCGGUGUUCAGCUCAAUGAAACCGUAGAGAUACAAACAUAUUGUCCUGGUCAAGCAAUUAUUGAUUUGGUCACUAGUUCACCUUAUGGAAUGCAACAUAGUAAAAUUAGCAAUCCAAGUACUGGUUUAUGGAUAAUGACAUUAACAUGGACACCCAUAGCAAAUCAAUUAGGUCCUCAAGGUUUUUGUGCGGGUGCAAUUGACAAUAGUAGCUUACAAUCGGCUCCAUGGUGUAUUACUUAUCUAGUUGGCUAUGACUCACCGAAUUUAAUUCUUCCUGUAUUGGUACAAGGAUCAGCAAGUCCAAUAGGUACUGUCUUUUCAAACCAAUCGUUGUUUUCCAUACAAGCAACAAGUGCAGUUGGUCGUCCUUCUCGUAAUACAACAAAUGUUUGUUUUCACUAUGACUCUACAAAUGCAACAGUUUUCUGUUAUGAUGCUGGAUAUUCUCCAAAUGUUAUUUAUACUGGAUAUACUAUUGUAAUUGUUACAAAUUAUGUAUGGACACCUGGUCAAUCCUAUUAUGUAACAAUGGAUAAUGGAUUUGCUAGUGGAAGUGUCUUUUGUCAUGCUGAAUCGUUAGCCAUUACUGAUAAAACAUUUUGGCGAUUCGAUAUCUGGAAUCCAGCACUUUCAAGUACAACCACAACAACUACUACUCCACCAACAACUCACACAGUUACAAGCCUAGGAACAACUACUACUUCAAUUAAUACUGCAUGUACAACAAGUGGAAUAGUAGUAACUAGUACGAAUGCUUCAACGACUACAACAACUGCCAGUACCACACCUCCAACUACAGCUGCUCCAACAACAGCAGGUCCAACUACUACAGGCGUAACGACUGAAUCAACUAUUCCUGUUUUUUAUCCAGUAGAUUUCGAAAAUGCAUGUAAACAACCAGUUGCAAUUAUGUCAGCUGUUAUGAUGGUUGCUUUCAUGCCUAUACAGGCUCUGGCAAUGUAUGCUGCUUUCACAAAAUUCUCGAAUACGUUCAAACCAUCAAACACCGCUGCAAAAACAAGACAUCAACAACGAAUGAAAAAUAUUCUUCGACGUUAA